AUGGCAACUGCAGCAUCUUCACCUUUGGCCAGCUCUUUAGAAAAGACAAAUGGAAACAAGCUGAGCAGGCUUCUCAUUGAUGGCGGAACAAUGGUGCUGAGGAAUAUUUUCGACCAUUAUCACCCACCUGGCAACUUGGCUUCUGACCUCAAAUCCAACUCCUCCAUUCUUAAAAACCUUUUGCGUAAAAGAGUACUAAAUGGGCAUCAGUGGGUCAAAUUGUUUCCCCCUGGUGGAGGGGUACCAGACUCCAACACCUUUGACAUCACUCUUCUGUUCCUUCUACUAACCAACAUUUGUGGUUUAUCCCCUCCCCUGACAGGAUGGCACACCAAGCCAUCCCCUGGUGAUAACUCUCUUGAGGCUAACCUUGCUCGUGUUAAGUUCUUCCGUAAUGAGUUGUAUGGUCACGUGACUUCCACUGCUUUUGAUGCGGCAAUUUUCUCUUCCCUGUGGCAAGAAAUAAGGGCUGCUCUACUUUCUCUCGGUUUGGAUCAAGCUGAAAUUGACAGACUUAAGGCGGAGAGUGGUGGAGAGGAAGAUUAUCUUGAUGCCUUAUUUGAGUGGGCGGACAGUGGUGUGGAAAUAAAAACAGAGCUUAAGGAUAUCCGUCAAUCUCAAGCCAAAAUCCAGGAAGUGCUGCAGCUUAAGGAAGACAGAAGAAAAGAAGACCAAGAAAAUGAAGUUCUGAAAAAACUGGCAGUUGUUGACACUAAGAAAGUCAUUCAAACUCACUUGGACAAGUAUCAAGAGGGAACCCGCAUUUCUGUCUUUGAGAAGAUCGAUUUGUGGCUAAACGACCGUACUUCUAAUAAUCGUGUCAUGGUAAUCAGUGGUGAUGCAGGAAUGGGCAAAUCAGUGAUUUCCGCUGUCGUUUGUCAAAGAAUGCGACAUGCUGGUCGGCUGACGGGAAGUCAUUUUUGUCAGCACAACAAGGCGCGUCCUAGAAAUCCUAAGAUAAUGCUUCAAUCCUUAGCUUAUCAGCUGAGUGAGUUUUUGCCUCCGUAUAAAAGAGAACUUGUAAAAGCACUGUCAAGAAAUUUGGGUGAAGAUAUCAACAACCUAGAGGUUGGAGAGCUCUUUGAAUUGCUGUUCGAGGAGCCUUUAAUAAAUGUAGAUGAUCCGGGAAGAAGCUUGCUCAUGGUGAUUGAUGGCCUGGAUGAAAGUGAAUACAAAGGCCGCAACGACCUGCUUGAUGUCAUGGCUAAUCAGUUUAGUACACUUCCUGGUUGGGUUCGAUUUUGUGUUACAACUCGACCAGAAAUAAAUAUCGCAGACCGUCUUCAAAAGUUCAACCCUGUUCUACUGGAGCAAGAUGAUGAAGAAAAUGUAGGAGACAUCAGACUCUUUCUUGAAAGACAGCUGUGCAGCGUCAUUCAAUCAAGCUUUCAAGAAGUUGUUGUCGAUGCACUGGUCCGAGAGGCUGCAGGGCAUUUUUUAUAUGCUUAUUUGAUGGUCGAUUUUAUCAAGAAAAACGUUUUACUUCUUACCCCCGAGGAGUUAGGAAGAAUCUUACCUUCAGGUGUAUCGUCUGUUUAUCAGUCCUACUUUGAACGUUUAGAGAACGAAUUGAAAAUUGGCGAGGACCAGUUUUUGACUUUUCUAAGUGCUCUGGCGGCUGCAAGAGAACCACUUCCUCUAGACUUUGUUUCUAAGAUGUUGAUUUCGGACUCGAAGUCCCCAUCUAGUCAUCGGAAAGUAAGAAAAGCUAUCGAAUCUAUCUCAACACUUCUUCCUGUUCACGAUGACUGCAUUGUGUUCUUCCACAAAUCAGUUAAGGAUUGGUUGACUGACAGAACUGCCUACGGUCGCCACAACUUCUCUGUUUUUGAAAAGCAAGGUCAUGUCAUGCUUUCCCAGCUCUGUACUAAUGAACUGAAUAACGUCAAAAGAAAAGGCGUUCACGGCACUGAAUUCAGUGACACUGCGAGGUACGCCCUACAGCAUGGUGUUUGUCAUAUGCUCGAGUCGGAAGAGCUGGAAGAGAGUACAAGAAGCUUUGAAGAAAUCGUUAACAACUAUGUCACGGACUUGGACAUUGUGUAUGCAAAGCUAUGUGUAAACGACACGGCUAGUUCUGAGGACAUGGUCGUCACUCAGAAACAAGAAGCUUUUCAGUUAUUGAGCAGUGAGAGCCAAAACGCCCUUGGCACGUUGUUGUUUCUUUUACGAAAGUACCAUGAAAGACUUACGACGAAUCCCACUUCUUUUUUCCAAGUGAUGGUGAACGAAGGAGGAGACGAUUUUGCUGGUGAAGCGACAGAACUUUUGCAGACCAAAUAUCAUGAUAUACCGUACAUGAAGUACGUUCACAAGGGGGCUAUGGAAGAGGAAAUUGAGGUUCAGGCUUUGUUUCGCUGUACCUCUCGAGUGGCUUGUUUUGAUAUUUCACCUCAGCAGGAGUUCAUGGUGUGUGAAUGUAGGGACGGGACGAUUCAGCUAUGGUCAGUACAGACAGGGAAGCAAAUAUGGAAACGUCCGGUCAAGUUCGGUAAACGUUACGUUGAUGAUCUUGACGCGUUCAGAGUGGUACCCGAAUCAUCUGUUUUGUCAUGUUAUCGUUCCGUUUUUUUUCACCCUACUAAGCCCAUUGUUCUUCCUGGAAUCCUAAGCCAUGCCUACUCAAUUGACGGAGCUUUCCUUCCACUGUUCCCUAAUAGCAACUGCAAAUUUACCGUUUGUUCAGUUAAUGGGGAUAGUAUGAUUACAGAUUUCCCUAGUGAUGCAAAAUGCCUAGUCAUGUGGAGUCUAACAAAUGGCGAGGAGAUCACUCGAACUGAGAGAGAUGAGGUUGUAUUGUCUUUUGCCUGGUCUCCAGAUCGAAAGCUACUAGCAAUUUCUCAUCUUUCGGGACUGGUUUGUCUGGUUGAUGCAUUGAAUUGCUUUGAGACACUUGCAGAGAUCACCACUGUUUUACCAUGUGGAAUGAUCAAGUUUGCCCUUAACCUCAAAUUUCUGUUUUGUUGGUGUAAACCAGUAAAGUCUAUGUGGGAGAGAUACCCAAAAGGCAUUCGCGUGAACGUCAAUAACUUGCCUUGUGGCACUUUUUCCUUGGAUGUUGUUAACGAUAACGUUGACUAUGAACCUUGGGAUUAUGAAUCAUCCAGCAAAGCUGGAUUCUUGAUGGGAGAUCCUGUAUCAUGUUCGUUCAGGCGUUUAGAGGACUUUUUGGGACCCCAUUGGGUUCUUGUAGAAGGAGCGUUUGCGUUUGUCUUGAACAGACAAAAUGUAUUGAGGGCAUUCCCUGGAAACAACCGCAUUGCCAUGUUCAAUCCUGGUGAAAUGAAAAUUGCAACAACCACGUCCUAUAGAAGACUCCGUCAUGUUGCUUUUGCUGUAGAUGGGAAGUCCGUUUAUGGUGUCACUGAAGACAAGGAAGCAGCAGUGGUAUCUUUUGAUGUAUCAAGUGGAAAACUUACAGCAAAGAUAGAGAUUAGUACUUGUUGUGGUCUCCAUUAUCCUAAACAGCCUUUUACGACCGUAAACUAUUCUGACAAUGGUAUUUGUCUUGUGACAUUGACCAAUGGUGUCCUUUUGAAACAACGUCAUCGUAGGACUGCUGUUCAGCUAUGGAAUUUUGAGUUGUCUCAACAAGUCCGAAGUUGGCCCAGUCUAUGCGAGGUUACGUAUAUGAUGCCAGUCACGGACCAGUGUGUAGCAUGUGUGGGCAGAAGGUUUGAAGUGAGCAUCCUGGACACAUUAAGUGGAGACAUAGUGAAGACCAUCUCACUUUGUCAUGAGGGAUACCAGUCAACAUGUCCAAUUAUGUAUAAAGAAGCAAUAGAAUGUAACAGUAAAUUUCAGCUGUUAUCCACCGCUCGUGACUCAGUUCAGCUGUCAGAUGAUAGAGGUAGUCUGUGGAAGAGAGUUUUUAAAGAUUCUCUGUUGUACUCGUGGAAUCUCCCUGGCAUGUUUUCUCCAACGGAAAACUUUGUCCUGAUCUCAGCAAAAUCCCCUCAGUGUAAGCAAGAAGUACGCGUGCUUGAUGCGUCUUCAGGGGCCACUGUCUGCACCCUUUGCACAGUCGAUUACGUGACGAAGUGUGCGUUUGUCAGUGACGCGGAAUGUGUAAUCGACUGCCAUGAUAGAUCAGGAAGUUCCUGUCUUCGGUUAUUUAAUGUUAAGACUGGAGAUUUGCUUAGCGUACUUGAUAUGGAUACGUGGCCUUCCUGUUUGGUCUCCUUCCCUCAAAAGGGUUUGAUCGCCUUUGGGCUCUGGAACUCCGAACGUAUGUGCGCAUUUAUCGAGGUAAAACUGCCGCGAGACAAAGUCAACAGGAAAGCAAAG